AGCGAUUUGUUUUAUCUGUGUUCAUGUAGCGUUAGCCUGCUCCAUAACGCUGCGUUAGCCACUCUUGCUAAGCUAACGUUGUUGCUAUGGCUGUGUACCGCUGACCAGCCUUGUAACCUGACUGAGGAGCUCGGGCAGCCCCGGGGGGAAGCCGUGGGAAUUUCACUGUUCACAGACUUGACUUUCUUCUUCAGACUGCGCCCCCCCCCCCCACCCUCAGGAGUGCUGCAGAAUCGCUGGGGUUUUCAGUCGUGUUUUCUGAGCUGCCAAAAUGCCAGGCGCACUUGCAGAUUCCAGUCAGAUAAUCUGUGAAGUAUGGGCGAGCAACGUAGAGGAGGAAAUGAGGAAGAUCCGGCAGAUUAUCCAAAGCUACAAUUACAUUGCCAUGGACACAGAGUUCCCUGGAGUUGUGGUCCGACCUAUAGGCGAGUUUCGCAGCACAGUAGACUACCAGUACCAGCUGCUGAGGUGUAACGUGGACCUGCUCAAAAUCAUCCAGCUGGGUUUGACGUUCAUGAAUGAGGACGGAGACUAUCCGCCCGGCACGACGACGUGGCAGUUCAACUUCAAGUUCAACCUCACAGAGGACAUGUACUCCCAGGACUCCAUAGACCUCCUGCAGAACUCGGGCCUCCAGUUCAAAAAGCAUGAAGAAGAGGGGAUCGACACGUUGUACUUUGCAGAGCUGCUCAUGACCUCCGGCCUGGUGCUUUGUGAAAAUGUCAAGUGGCUCUCUUUCCACAGCGGCUACGACUUUGGCUACUUGGUCAAGCUCCUAACAGACGCUCGGCUCCCCGAGGAGGAACAUGACUUCUUUCAGAUCCUCAACUUGUUCUUCCCUGCAAUCUACGAUGUCAAGUAUUUAAUGAAGAGCUGCAAGAACUUGAAGGGAGGUUUACAGGAAGUGGCGGACCAGCUGGAGCUGAAGAGGAUCGGCAGGCAGCAUCAGGCUGGAUCAGACUCGCUGCUCACUGGCAUGGCUUUCUUCAGGAUGAAAGAGCUUUUUUUUGAAGACAACAUUGACGACGCAAAGUAUUGUGGGCGAUUGUACGGCCUGGGCUCGGGCUCCAGCCAGCCGCAGAACGGCAUCUCCAGCUCUGCCCAGGAAGAAACCAACAACAAGCACUGACCGACGGCACGGUCCCUCAAGUGCAAUACGCACUUGUUUUAACCCAGCCAGCAAACAAUUCUCCUUUCCCAUAAUCCCCCCUGCCCCCUCACCUGACCCCAAAACAAGAGAAAAAAAAAAUCAGUUUCUUUACAUUUCUCCUCUGAUUGACUGCCUGGACUCUUACAUCAGGAGCUCCAGUGAAUCUCUCACUGGCUUCCUCAUUUCAUUUUCCUCUUUUACUGAGUAUAAUGCCAUAUAUUCAUAACACUUAAGUCAUUUUUUAAUUCUUUUUUUUUUUUUUUUUUUUUUUUUACACCAUUCUAGUGAUACCCCUCUUUUGACAGCAUGGGACCAGCUCCUGUAUUAUACUGUGAUUUCAGCUUCAUAGCGUUUCUGAGAGCUCCGCUGCACCUGUUUUCAGGAGAACUGGUGUUUCCAGGGCCCAUCAGACCCUUCAGUUCACACUGCGUACGGCUGUGUUGUCGCUCUCAUCAAUGGGACUCGUCGCUCGUUAACAGGGUUUGCAUUUUAAGUUAUGCUGGAAGAGCAUGUAAAUUAAAAUGUACAAUUUUGAUGACAAAAAAAAUGUUUUAGCUUUUUCCCACUGAAGGCGACUUUUAAAGAUGGGUGUCAAGUGUGUGUCUGUCUGUCCAUGGUUAUGAAUGUGUCUCAUCAAGCACACUGCUGCUCUUCUGUACAUUCGCCCUUCUUCCCAACCCGACCUGACCACCAGAAUUGUUUGUCACGUUUACAGAUGUGGUUGAUAUUGUUUUUACAUUAUGCAUUGUUUUAAACACUUGUAUAUUAAAUUGUUUUCUAUUUUGAAUGUAAAGUUUAA